UAGUUUUUUAUAUAUAUUUAUUUAUUCUCUCUCUUUUUUUAUCCUUUUUUUUAAUAUUCUUGUUAAUGUUGUCUUCCCCGAAUCAGAAGGUGCGGUUGUUUUUCUGAAGUCCCUACGGGGACACCCGAUAAAAUUGGUGCUCUCUUUCUUAACCUUUCUCUUCAUUUUCCCUUCAGAGAACACAGAUCUACAUACCCUUUUUUUUUGUUUUUUUCUUUUCUUUUUCUUCUUAACAGGAAAAAACAAAUGGCUGGAAAUUCAACUUCUAAUAAUUCGGCAGCUUCAGGAACUAGUAAUAUUAAUGGGAAUGGUGAGAGGCAAAGUUGGGCUACAUCACCUUCCACUGUCUUCAAUCAUUUUGGUACAAGUGGACUUUCUGUGGCAGUUGCAACUGCAAUCACUCACCCUUUAGAUGUAUUGAAAGUAAGGCUGCAGAUGCAACUCGUUGGCCAGAAAGGUCCUUUGACUGGAAUGGGACAAUUGUUUUUAAGUGUGGUGAAAAACGAAGGACCAAAGUCUUUGUAUUCGGGCUUGACACCUGCACUAACAAGGUCAGUUCUUUAUGGAGGACUACGCUUGGGCUUGUAUGAACCCUCUAAGCAUGCUUGUGAUGUUACUUUUGGCUCCUCCAAUGUUUUAGUUAAAAUCGCUUCUGGCAUGUUUGCUGGUGCUAUUUCGACUGCACUCACCAAUCCAAUUGAAGUUCUUAAGGUGCGUUUGCAAAUGAAUCCAGAGAUGAACAAGAGUGCCGAUAGUGCUGCCUUGACUGCAUCGCAGCUUGCUACAUACGAUGAAACCAAGCAGCUUUUAGUCAGGUUUGCAUCUCUUGAAGAAGGAUUCCAUCUACAUCUGAUCUCAAGCACAGUUGCCGGCAUUUUGAGCACCAUCGUAACUGCUCCCAUAGAUAUGGUAAAAACUCGUCUCAUGUUGCAACGUGCAUCGAAAGGUUCUAGGCUCUAUAAAAGUGGAUUUCAUUGUGCAUACCAGGUCCUACUUACAGAGGGUCCAAUGGCACUUUACAAAGGGGGCUUUGCGAUAUUCGCAAGAAUCGGGCCACAAACAACAAUUACAUUUAUAUUAUGUGAAGAGCUAAGAAAACUUGCUGGAUUGAAGGCAAUCUAGUACCAUAAACCAACUUUGAUUAGAAUUAUUCUUGAUAAGUGCUGAAGAAGCAAGCUACUCUUCUUAGUUCUUGCAAACAAGUCCAUUCUUUUAGAUAGAUUUUUAUUCUUAUAGUUUUGAUUGGUGAUUUGAGGUACAUACCCCAGAGAACAAGAUCACAUUUUUUUGACUGGCAAUCAGGUAAAUUCUUUUAAGGGAUCCAUUCUAAUCUUAGUAUGUUGUUGUUAUUGUUAUCGUCGUCGUUGUCGUCAUCUCCAUUGUUUUGCUGGAAUAAGUUCCAGGGUAGUUACUAGUAAAGGAGUCUGGGGUUGUUUUGGUUCCAAGUUCCAACCCUUCUAUUACUAUGAUCAUUGUAUUACAAGAGGGUACUCUUGUUUUUGUAUUAUUAUUGUCAUUAUUACUGUAAUAACAUCACUGUAAUAUAGAAAUUACAUUAGUCACCUGCCCUCAAAAAAGAAGGGUUGAGUGAGAUUCAAUAUUAUUUUUUUGCAUAUUAA